AUGGACAUCGAUUUGUACGACGAUUUGGAUGUGAUUCCAAAUAAAUUUGAGCAGGAAAAAAAGGACCUUGAACAAAAAUACGAGAAGGUUCGCAAGGAUUAUGACCAAGUCAAGCGAGAACUUGAUGAUUUGCGGUCGAAAUACGAUGCCGCAAACAAAAAUGAAACGUCACUAAAAACAUUAAAAGCCAACUUUGAUUCACUUUUAUUGACGGCCCAAGCAGAAAUCGAUCGUCUGAAGCGGCAGAUUGAGAUUGCGAGGAAAGAAAAGGACGAUGUUGUGUUUCGGAGAACGAGACCUCAAGCGAGAAGUGUCAGAGAAUCGUGGACGCAAACAGAUUUUGUGCGAAAAGUAAAUUACGGCGUGCAGACCGACGUGGAAAGGCAAAGCGAACGGAACCGCGAUAGAAGAGAACUUGAUCGAGUGAAAAGAUUGCGAUCCCGAAGUCGUGAAAAGACGUCACGAAGCUCUUCGAAACAUUCCGGCAGUGAAAAUGAACGAAAACGGGCGCGUCAUGACGACCAAAGACGAGAAAAUGCACGUCGGGACAGAAGAAAAUCGAGUGAAAGAAGCAAAAUUCGAGAAAAAGAAGAAACAAGAACAGUUGUGACACGAAAAUCGACUCGAUUGUCUGAAGAAAAGCGAGAAAAGGAAGUAGAACUCAAAAAAUCCGAGAUAAAAGAAGCUUCCAAGAAAGCAAAACGAAAAUCAAAGACUCCGAGGAAGGAAUCAAAGAAAAAAGUAGAUCCCGUGGAGGAAGAACUUCAAAUUUUAAUGUCUGAACCAUCCUCAAAUGACGCUGCGGAAAAUAAAAAUUCGAAUUUCAAGCUGGAUACGACCCAGGAUUUGCGAAAAUUGUUAGAAUCGAAGAAAGGCACCCAAAAUGCGACAAAAAUUAAUGGUUCGGAAGACAAAAAAAUUAUUCAAGAGAGCAAAGAGACUGAAAAGAAAGUUCAAACGAAGGAAAUUAUUCAAACAGUAGAAGUAAAACUGCCGAAAAAAUCCCCCUUGGAGCUACUUUGGCAAGAACGCCAAGUCGAAACUGUUCCCGAUGAGUCUCAAAACACUUCGGAGCUCUUUGGAAGUCUAAGUUCGCUCUCGUUAUCGUCAAAAGCAAGUGAAAAAUGUCAAAAACAAUUCAAUGAUUUGUAUUCCGACUCUGAAAGUGCCCUGUCUCAACAAAAAUCGAAAGAAAAUCCAUUAAAAACAGUUUCUAGUGGCGAUUUGGAGGAUGGAGAAAUAGUGGACGAUGAAAAAUCAAACGAAAAACCGAAAGUUGUUGAACAAAAAGUCAUCGUAAAAGAAGAGAAAGUUGUAGAAAAAGUUGACGAGAAGAGAAAAAGUCCAGAAAAGAACAUUUCUGUGGCAAAAACACGAAAAAUGGACAAAAAAUCCGUUAGUAAAAUUGUUCCGGGGACAGUUGAUGACAGCGCGUGCGAUUUAGGAGAAAUUAUAAAGAAACAAACAUCACUCGUACAAAAAACUGAAGCGCCAAAAGAAAAUUCCGCAUCUAAAGACGUUAAAAAUGAGUUAGAAACGGAAAAAGUUGCUGUCACAAAAGUGCCUGAAACGAAAGAAGCCAAAUCCGCGAGUGGUCGCCUUAUAGAAUUGUCGGAUUUGUGCGAAAAUGCUGCUCCAUUGGAGAAAAAGAGCUCAUCUCCGACCCCAUUGAUCAGUCAAAAGAGCAUGGAAUCCAUCAUCAUGUCGAAUCAAGACCUCUUCAACGAUCAAUCGAACAUUUCUUUGCUCAUUGCGGCAGAUAUUUUCCUCCAAAACGAAAACACGAUGAAAAGCAGUGAAAAACUUCAAGAAAUCCCGAGUACCACAAGUCUUCAAACGACAAUUUCCAAAUCGCCUGUCGUCGAAUCAACGUCCGAGUCGAAUUUCAACGGAUUUUCGUCGCAAGAAAUGCCAAAGUCGCCGCGAAAUAACAGCAACGACAGUCUGAAGGAGAAUAUUUGCACGCCAGUCGCGAAUCAGGCGCACAAUGUGUUGCACAGUCACGGCGCAACGCCAAAAACGAUGACAAAAAGUGAGCCAAAGCAACUGCUGACGCAACUGAAUAACGGUCCGGACUCGUCGGUGCCGACGCCAGACACUUCGAAAGAUGUCACGGGCGAGUUGGUGAUAAAUACGACAGAAAAUACGAGCAAAGCUGAAGAUUCGCUGAAUUCCAGUGCCAAACGACGAAUAAUUGAGACAAAGUCGACGCAGUAUGUCGUGGAAGAGACUGAAGAAAUGGUCAUUUGUACCGUGACAAGGAAGAAACGAAAAAAGGAGAAGAAAGAGAAAAAGAGUAAACACAAACAUAAGCAUAAGGAAAGGACGAGUUUCGAGGAAAAGAUGUGA